AUGGUAGAAUAUAUUUUGAUACAAUGUUUUAGUUGCUCUAUGUUUCAAGUGAAACAGAAAGCCAAAGUUAAUACCUUCAAGUGUGUCAUAUGCAGUGAGAAACAAUCAAUCAAAAAGAUUUUUGGUAUCAGCUAUCAAGCAAAGGAUUUGAGAGAGCUCGUCAAGAAAUACAAUCUAGAGGCUGGUCAGAGAAAAGAAAGACAAGAACAACAACAACAAGAUGAUUAUGAUGAUAACUUUGAUUUUAAUCUAGAGAAUGAGAGUAAUAAUCAUUCUGACAGCUUGAACAUCAACAACAACAAUUCAACGAAAUCAACACCACAACCACAACCACCACCAUCAUGGAAGCAAUUCUUUGAUGAAGAUCAACAUCAAGAUCAAACAGAUUCAAAUAAUAAUAGAGUUAAUAAUAAUCAUAGAAAUGAAAUUGAUAUUGAUAGUAUAUAUAAUAUUAAUAAUGAUGAUAAUGGGGAUGAUAGAUUUGAAAUAACAACGGAAUUACAAUACAAUACAAAUAGACGACCUUCAAAGAGAGCAGCAAAGCCAAAGGCAUCUACUCAAACAACUACAGCUACCAAUAGUAGGAAAACAUCAAACAACUAUGAUUCUAAAAGAAAGUUUACUCAGAGCAACAACAACAAUGUUGAUGAUGAUGGGGAUAACUUUGAAUUUGAUUUCGAUGACAAUAGUAGUAGUAGUAUAAGUAGUAGUAGUUUUAAUAAUAAUAAUAAUAAUAAUAAAAAUAAUAAUGAUACAGGACAAAAGAAACAAAGGACAACUUAUAAUAAUAAUAGCAAUAACAAUAGUAACAACAGUACAUAUAUUCAACCUAAAACUAGACCACUAACACUAACUACCACGAAACCAAUUACAAGCAAUAACAACCGAUUACUACCACCGAUUACUACAACUACAGUAACUUCAACACCACAUUUCUCUUCACAAACAUCAUCAAACUCUACUUUAUCGAAUGGUUAUAUACAAAAUCAGCAACAACAACGACAACAAUCAUAUAAUAAUAAUAAUAUAACUAAACAACCUGUUUUAGAUGAUCAAUUACGCCUAACGAACAAAAGUACGAUUUUUUCACAAAAGAUUCCUAUAAGAGAAUCUGUACCAUUACCACAAGUAUCGAAUGUUAAACAAGCACCACAACAACAGAAACAACAAUCCAAAUUGCUAUCAACAGCAACAACAACGACAACAAAGUCAACAUCAAACGUGGUGACACAACAACCACCUACAAACUCUAAAUGGAAUCAAUUUAUAGAUAGUGACGAUGAAGAUAAAGAGAAAACCGAUUAUGAUCCAUAUGGACUCAACAAUGACAGUGACGAUAAUGAUGAUGAUGAUGAUGACAAUAACAACUUUGAAUUUACACUUGAUACAUAA